AUGGCAGCCUGCUGCAUCCAGUAUUUCCUGCUCCUCUUCCUGCUGGGAGCCUCCCACUGGACUUUGGUCCAAAAUCUACAGUGUGAGGUAGGUAGAAGCCUGCAUUUAGAAGAUGACCCAGGCCGAACCUUUAACUGGACGUCAAAGGUUGAGAGGUGCGAUCCUAAAGGACUUUGCCAAGAAACUGUACUAUUGAUUAAAGCAGAAGGAACGAGGACUGCCGUUUUGGCCAGUAAAGGCUGUGCCGCUCAAGAGCUAGAGUCGAUGACUUUCAUUCAGUACACCCCGCCUCCUGGCCUGCUUGCUGUCUCCUACAGUAACUACUGCAAUGAUAGCCUCUGCAACAACAGAGGCAGCAUUUCUCAGUUCUGGAAACCACCAGAGACCAUAGCAACUUCUCAGAUGUCAGGAGCCCUCCGCUGCCCAACGUGUGUGGCUCUGGGGCCCUGUUCCAGUGCCCCCUCUCUGCCCUGUCCCAACAGUUCAACUCAGUGCUACCAAGGAAGACUUGAACUCUCUGGAGGAGGUAUGGACUCCGUCGUGCAUGUCAAAGGGUGCACCACAAUGAUCGGCUGCAGACUGAUGGCCACAAUGACCUCGGUGGGACCCAUGAUGGUGAAGGAGACCUGCAGUUACCACCCAUUUCUUCAGCCCCGAAAGGCAGAAAGUAGGGCCUCCUGGAUGCUCACCUCACUGUGGAUGCUGGAGCUGCUGUCGCCCACACUGCUGCUGCCCCUCAGUCACUUUGCCUAA